CUGCUCUCUGCUCCACUUUGUUCUGACUCCGUAAUCCAUACACGGUACAACUGAGUACAACUCAGUACAACUCCGUACACGAUAUGGAAGAACGCAGGAUGGCACGCGGAUAGUUGAGGCCUUUUUACAUUUAUUUAUAUUUUUCACGGACGCGCGCUCUCACGAGCAAUUGUGAUGGCGUCGACUUAUAUCAAAGACGAGACGGGUACAUUUAUCCCAGCAAGCCAACGACCCGAUGGUACAUGGCGAAAGCAACGACGUGUGAAAGAUGGAUAUAUUCCUCAGGAAGAAGUUCCUUUAUAUGAAAGUAAAGGAAAGCAAUUGAUAAAGAAGCCUUUAUAUCCUGUGGGUGCCAGUCCAGAAUUUAUAGCAGAACAUAAAGCCAAGCUAGAAGCUCUAGCGGCAAAAAACAAAGUAAUACCUGGUACACAAACAAAAACUCAAGAAGGAUCCAAGAAGAAGAAAAAGAAAAAUAAAUCUAAAACUGUGGAACCUGUUGCCGAAGGAUUAUCCAAAAUCAUGAUCUCAGAGCCUGAAUUUCAUAAAGAAGUUCCAACUCAUACCGAUAAACCACUAUCUACUGCAAAGCAAACCACAACAAACAAUAUAACUAAAGACAAUUCAAGCACAUUGUCGCAGAAAACGACAAUUGAACCACAAAAGAGAUUAAAAAAUCUUCGUAAGAAAAUUAGAGAAAUAGAAGUAUUAGAGGAUAAAAUAAAAACUGGUGCUCUGAAAAAUCCUGAUAAGGAGAUACUUGACAAAAUCAGACGGAAAAUAGAGAUUUCGAAAGAAAUAAAAAGAUUAGAAGCUUUAUAGAUCAUAUCGAAUUAAAACUUAUACAAAUUUGUCAAUGCCAUUGCAAAUGACGUUGUAAAACUUGAUUGAUAACAAUCCUAUUCUAUAGCAAGAA